GCUGUUUACGCGCGCGGCGCGCGUACGUAAAUACAGAAAAACAGCACCCGUUUCAAAAUAAUAGCAACACAGUUAGAAAGUUAUUUGUGUUGCUAUUAUUUUGAAAAGGGCCGUAAAAUGCCCAGGUCUGUGUGGUGGCAAACCUGUGAAGGUGUGGUUAGGCUGUGCCUGGUUUGUCACCAUACAGUCCAUCGUUUCUGUUUGAAGAACAGACUGUUCGGGCUGGAAAUGAACCUUAAAUGAUUUAUAUUACAUUAUAACACGUCCAUAAGUAUGCACGGAUAUUAUGGUGGGAGGUGCUGUGGAUAAGCCAUGGUCAGAGAGAGCGAAGACGUGCAGAAAAAUAUAAUUUGAAGACAUUCCUCAGCUUUGGCUCCCUCAUCUUUUGUACCUCACUUGUACAAGACGCAACAGCAGCUAUUGUGAAAGAGAAUUGUUGAGCACAGGGAAGAAGACUGGAGAAAGAGGCAGAGCAGCAGGAAGAAGAGGACAUUUGACAGAUAAACAGAGGGAGCUCUGCAGCAGGAUCCCCACCGUGCUGAACACAGGACUGCGUGACUGGUCUGUGCAAGCAGAGGGAGAGAGAGGGAGGAGAGAGUAGAGAAGGUAGGAAAUAAAGAAGGGGGAGGGGAGGCAAUUCAGCGCAGUGCAAGCUGACUGGAUGAGUAGCAGCCGCGGCACAGGCAGCAGCAUCAGCACCACUAGCUGUAGCAUCUUUCUUUGUGGCUGCUGGAGGCUGUCUUGUGGCUGCUGUAGCGUCAACAUCAUCCAUACACACACACACACACACACAGAGAUAACUGGACACAGACGUCCCCACCGCUUGCCUUAUAUGCACACAUGUCGUGGUGGCCACCAGAGAAGAGAUAGUAAGUGACUGGGCUCAGGGGACAGAGGGACACAGGAAGAGGAAAGCGGGACAACUGGUGGUAGUGCAAACGAGAGGAGGGCUGGAGCGACGGCGACUAGAGCACCAGUAGCAGCAACAGUAGCAGCGGCACCAUGGCGCAAGCCGCCAAGCAGCUCCGUAAGACCAAGGACCUCGCAGAGGCCGCCGCCCAGGAGCAGAGGGAGAAGGAGGAGGAGAAGAUAAAAAAGAGGAAUCGCUCCAGGGACCGCAGGCGCAAGGCGGAUGCAUCCACCAGCUUCCUGCGUGCGGCUCGUUCGGGAAACCGUGACAAGGCUCUGGAUCACUUGAAGAAUGGAAUCGACAUCAACUCAGCUAAUCAAAAUGGUCUCAACGGGUUGCACCUGGCCUCUAAAGAAGGCCACGUCAAAAUGGUCCUGGAGCUCCUGCACUCUGGCAUUAAGCUGGAAGCCACCACCAAGAAAGGGAACACAGCUCUCCAUAUCGCAGCGCUGGCAGGGCAGGAGAAAGUGGUGGCUGAGCUUGUCAACUACGGUGCCAACGUUAAUGCCCAGUCACAUAAAGGGUUCAGUCCUCUCUACAUGGCAGCACAAGAGAAUCACUUAGAGGUGGUCAAGUUCCUGCUCGAAAACGGAGCCAAUCAGAGUCUCCCAACCGAGGACGGCUUCACUCCCCUGGCAGUAGCCCUCCAGCAGGGCCACGAAAAUGUUGUGGCACUGCUUAUCAACUAUGGCACAAAGGGCAAAGUCCGACUACCUGCACUACACAUAGCAGCGCGAAACGACGACACGCGCACCGCCGCAGUGCUCCUGCAGAACGACCCCAACGCUGAUGUUCUCAGCAAGACUGGUUUCACACCUCUCCAUAUUGCAGCCCACUAUGAGAAUAUGAGCGUAGCCCAGCUGCUGCUGAACAGAGGAGCCAAUGUAAACUUCACCCCCAAGAAUGGCAUCACACCCCUUCACAUAGCCUCCAGGAGGGGAAAUGUGAUGAUGCUCAGACUACUGCUGGACAGAGGAGCACAGAUUGAUGCCGUAACCAAGGAUGAGCUGACUCCUCUCCACUGUGCAGCCAGGAAUGGUCAUGUUCGCAUCAUUGAGUUCCUGCUGGAACACGGUGCUCCCAUCCAGGCUAAAACCAAGAACGGUCUGUCCCCCAUCCACAUGUCAGCUCAGGGGGAUCACAUGGACUGUGUCAGGCAGCUACUGCAAUACAACGCUGAGAUUGAUGAUAUCACACUGGACCAUUUAACCCCUCUUCAUGUAGCAGCCCACUGUGGUCACCAUCGGAUGGCCAAAGUCCUACUGGACAAGGGGGCCAAAGCCAAUGCAAGAGCUCUGAAUGGCUUCACCCCUCUCCAUAUUGCCUGCAAGAAGAACCACAUGCGGUCCAUGGACCUGCUGCUGAAGCACUCUGCUUCCAUAGAAGCCGUCACAGAGUCUGGUCUCACUCCUCUUCAUGUAGCAGCAUUCAUGGGCCAUCUGAACAUAGUGAAGAACUUGCUCCACAGAGGGGCUUCACCUAAUGCUUCCAAUGUGAAAGUGGAGACUCCCCUCCACAUGGCCUCCAGAGCAGGACACUGUGAGGUUGCUCAGUUCCUGCUGCAGAAGGCAGCACAGGCGGAUGCCAGGGCUAAGGAUGAUCAGACACCUUUACACUGUGCAGCCCGCAUGGGCCACAAGGAGCUCGUCAAGAUGCUUCUCGAGCACAAGGCCAGUCCCGAUUCCGCUACAACUGCGGGCCACACACCCUUACACAUCUCUGCACGUGAAGGACAUAUCCAUACCAUUCGAAUCUUGUUAGAUGCUGGGGCACAGCAGACCAAGAUGACAAAGAAAGGCUUCACUCCCCUCCACGUGGCCUCAAAAUAUGGAAAGGUGGACGUGGCCGAGCUCCUUCUGGAGAGAGGAGCCAACCCCAAUGCAGCCGGGAAGAACGGUCUGACACCCCUUCAUGUGGCCGUCCAUCACAACAACCUGGAUGUUGUUAGACUCCUGGUCAGCAAGGGAGGAUCUGCACACAGCACUGCCCGAAAUGGCUACACCGCCCUGCACAUAGCGGCCAAGCAGAACCAGAUGGAGGUGGCCAGUUGUCUGCUGCAGAAUGGGGCCAUUUCCAAUGCCGAGUCCCUCCAAGGCAUCACGUCCCUGCACCUGGCUGCACAGGAGGGGCGGCCUGACAUGGUGGCCCUGCUCAUCGCCAAACAGGCCAACGUGAAUCUGGGAAACAAGAACGGGUUGACCCCCCUGCAUCUCGUGGCUCAGGAAGGUCAUGUGGGAAUCGCUGACACGUUGGUCAAACAAGGAGCUUCCGUUUACGCUGCUUCACGGAUGGGAUACACACCCCUUCAUGUGGCCUGUCACUAUGGCAACAUCAAGAUGGUGAAGUUCCUUCUGCAGCAGCAGGGACAUGUGAACAGCAAAACAAGGUUGGGCUACACCCCGCUACACCAGGCAGCUCAGCAGGGCCACACUGAUAUUGUCACCCUGCUGUUGAAACACGGAGCCCUGCCCAAUGAGAUUACUUCGAAUGGGACAUCUCCGCUGGGUAUUGCUAAGCGUCUGGGUUACAUCUCUGUCAUUGAUGUGCUCAAACUGGUUACCGAGGAGUCUGUCUCCGCGAUCACCACAGAGAAGCACCGGAUGAGUUUCCCCGAGACAGUAGAUGAGAUUUUGGAUGUUUCGGAGGAUGAAGGGGUUGCCCAGCUAACUUUAGGAGACGAGAUGCUCGGGAUGGAUGGAGGCCGCUAUUUGAAGCUUGACGAUUUCAAGGACCAGGACGACGACUUCCUCUCCCCGAAGAAAUCGCUCAGAGACUUUGAGGGUGGCAUUGGUACCACGCCGUAUUCUCCUGCUAUUCCCAGGAUCCCUUGUGUGUCCCCAGAGACUGUACUGCUGGAUCAGCACACCCCCGUCCCGCUGCCAAAGGAGUAUGAUGACGACUCUCUUAUCCCGAGCAGCCCGGCUACGGAGACUUCAGACAACGUCAGCCCUGUGGCCAGCCCAAUUCACACUGGCUUCCUGGUGAGUUUCAUGGUGGAUGCUCGAGGAGGCUCCAUGCGAGGCAGCAGACACCACGGCCUGAGAGUCAUCAUCCCCCCUCGAACCUGCACAGCACCGACACGCAUUACCUGCCGUCUGGUGAAACCUCAGAAACUGACCACACCUCCUCCACUGGUGGAGGGGGAGGGGCUUGCUAGCCGUAUCAUCUCCCUAGGACCAUCCAGUAUGCAGUUCCUUGGGCCAGUUAUAGUGGAAAUCCCCCACUUUGCCUCACUGGGCCGAGGGGACCGAGAGCUUGUGGUCCUCCGCAGCGAGAAUGGCUCGGUCUGGAAGGAACAUCGCAACCGCUAUGGUGACGAAGUGCUGGAAACUAUACUGAAUGGCAUGGAUGAAGACUUGGAGGGUCACGACGAGCUGGACAAGAAGAGAAUCCGUCGUAUCAUUUCCACAGACUUCCCCCUCUACUUCGCCGUGGUCUCCCGCAUUCAGCAGGAGAGCGAUCUGAUCGGCCCGGAGGGCGGCAGGUUGACCUGUAAGCUGGUGCCCCGUGUCGAGGCCAUCUUCCCUGAGACGGCCGUCACCAAGAGAGUGAGACUGGGGCUGCAGGCGCAGCCAAUCCCUGAUGAACUGCUGACUCGGCAGCUUGGUAACCAGGCGACCUUCAGCCCAGUGGUUACCAUCGAACCACGCCGACGCAAAUUUCACCGUCCAAUCGGGUUGCGCAUCCCUCUGCCACCGUCCUGGCGGGAGAGUCCUCGGGAUGCUGGGGAGGGUGACACCACCAGCUUGCGACUCCUCUGCAGUGUCAUUGGUGGCACAGCACCAGCUCAGUGGGAGGACAUCACUGGAACCACCAAGCUUAUGUACGCCCACAGCUGUGCCAACUUUACCACCAACGUUUCCGCAAGAUUCUGGCUGGCAGACUGUCCACGCACAGCAGAGGCAGUGACCUUUGCCAAUUUGCUGUACCGCGAGUUGAUGGCUGUCCCAUAUAUGGCCAAGUUUGUUGUUUUUGCUAAGAUGAAUGAAGCACGUGAGGGGCGCUUGCGUUGUUACUGCAUGACAGAUGACAAGAUGGACAAAACACUGGAGCUGCAUGAAAACUUCACCGAAGUGGCCCGCAGUCGAGACAUAGAGCUGAUGGAGGGCAUGCCGCUGCACCUUGAGUGUUCUGGGAACAUGGUGCCCAUCAGGAAGGCCACCCAGCAGCCUCGCAGCUUCAGCUUCCAGGCCUUCAGAGAUAACAGGCUGCCCGUCUCUGUCAAGGUCAGAGAUAGUAACAAAGAUGCCGCUGGAUUUUUGUCCUUUCUGCGGAAGUGCACCAAGUACGAGGACACACAGCAUGUGCUGUGUAACCUCAACAUAACCAUGCCACCCUGUGUCAAGGUUGUUGGAAGUGAAGAGCGCAGGCGGACCUUAACCCCCCUCGCCCUGAGGGAACGCUACAGUGCACUGAACGAGCCUGGUGUGGCCACAGUGAACGCCAUGGAGAGGACUGAGAUCAAGAUCAACAUCAUAUCUGAACAGUUGGGUUUGAGCUGGGCAGAGUUGGCACGUGAGCUCCAGUUUGGUGUGGACGACAUCAAUAGGAUCCGUGUGGAGAAUCCUAACUCCCUGCUGGACCAAAGCUCUGCACUGCUCAACCUGUGGGCCAGCAGAGAAGGCAAGAGGGCCAAGAUGGAGAGCCUCUACACUGCCCUGAAAAACAUUGAUCGUGCAGACAUAGUAACAUCUCUGGAGGGUCAGGCUCCACUGCUAGUGCCCGGUUCUUUAGAGGAAGGAGCCUGUCGAUCAGCGACCGCUGACUCCACCCUGCUGUCCCCCAGUGUCCUCAAUGGUUAUGGGCUGGUGCAAGAUGAGAUGCUGUCCCCGGCCUCCAUGCAGUACAGCUUGCCUUCCCCGCUAGGUGCAGAGCCCUACUGGCAAGAAGUCUCCAGCCUUGAGUGUGCCCCCAUCGCCACCACCGAGGAAGACACCUUAAUGGAGAUGUCGGACGUUCAGGUGUGGCCAGCAGGGGUCAGCCCCUCAUUGGUCACAGUGGAGGACUCGUCACUCGAUGGCAGCAGUCGGGCUGACGACUCAGAGGGCGCCACACUCUCCCUUCCCUACAGCUUGGGUCGCCCGAGCAGUGGAGCCAGCGGAGCCAGUGGCUCCAUCAUGGAGCUGGAGGAAGAGGAGGAGGAGGAUGAGGAGGAAGGGGAGGUUGAGGAGGAGGAGGCGCCACAGGAGCCAGCAACUGCACUGGCAGAAUGGGACAGGGUGAGGGCCAGUGGCGCCGUGCCCAAGGUCAACCUAAACGGCCAGCUGGGAGGUCAGAGGUCGGAUGGAAGGAGAGGGGAGGUCCUCGAAGCAGGAGGAGGAGCAAAAGGAGGAGGUGGAGAUGUAGGGUUGGGUUCAGUGGAAGGGAUUUCUGUUGUUGCAGGCCAGCAGGUGUAUGCCCAGCGGUGUGAGAUGUCGGGACUGAGUCGCGCUUCCGAGCACAAUGGAGAUAAUCGGGUGGUUGGAGGGGGAGCAUUUCAACCCUACUUACCAGACAAGGACUCCCUGCAGGGCUGGGUGGGCUCGGUGUCAUCAGGACGUGACGCCAGCGUGCCAGGCUUGCGCGUGGCCCAGGAGGCUCUGCUGACUCCGAAAGAGGAGAAAGAGGACUAUGCCCCUGAGGCGCAGUUAGUAGACGAACACGGACGCACGCUCGCCAGAAAGGUGGGGGUGGAUGUGAGAAAGGGCGCUCAGUCACUGCAGCGCACCAGUCUGCGGAGAGUUAAACACUGA